CGGGAUGGCGGCGGUACGCGUGCGCGCUCACUGUCGGGCCAUCCUGCCGUGAGAAGCUAACUGGCCGAGGCUGGAGGAAGCUGGCCGAGGUUGGAGGAGGUCGACCUCGCUACGCUCGGGUGAAAGGGCUGCGGGGCUGGGUGGGGCUGAGUUCCAGGACUGACGCCCGGGGCUGCCGUUAGUGCUGCGAGUCGCUGCGGAGCCGCGCGCCGCUCAAGGCGGGUCGGGGCCGGCCCAGCGGCGUUCGCGCGUGCCCGCGCUGUGGUGCCCGCCCCGGCUGGAGCGCUCCUUGCCUGCGGCGACGUCGCACCGGUGUCUCCAGCAUGACCGAGCUGAGGCAGAGGGCGGCCCGCGAGCCGGAUGCAGCGCCCGAGGAUAAGGAAUCAGAGUCAGAAAUAAAAGUAGAUGGAGAGACUGCAUCGGACAGUGAAAGCCGAGCAGAAGCUGCUCCCAUAUCAACCUCUGCAGAUGAUACCCCAGAGGUCCUCAACCGGGCCCUUUCCAACUUGUCUUCAAGAUGGAAGAACUGGUGGGUGAGAGGCAUCCUGACCUUGGCCAUGAUUGCUUUCUUCUUCGUCAUCAUUUACCUGGGGCCAUUGGUGUUAAUGAUGAUUGUGAUGUGUGUUCAGAUUAAGUGUUUCCACGAGAUUAUCACUAUUGGUUACAACGUCUACCACUCCUAUGACCUGCCCUGGUUCAGAACCCUCAGCUGGUACUUUCUACUGUGUGUAAAUUAUUUCUUCUAUGGUGAAACAGUGACAGAUUACUUCUUCACGCUGGUCCAGAGAGAGGAGCCUUUGAGGAUUCUCAGUAAAUACCACCGAUUCAUUUCCUUUACCCUCUAUCUAAUCGGAUUCUGCAUGUUUGUGCUGAGUCUGGUCAAGAGGCAUUAUCGACUGCAGUUCUACAUGUUUGGCUGGACCCAUGUGACAUUACUGAUUGUCGUUACCCAGUCACAUCUCAUUAUUCACAACCUGUUUGAAGGAAUGAUCUGGUUCAUUGUCCCCAUUUCCUGUGUGAUCUGUAAUGACAUCAUGGCCUAUAUGUUUGGCUUCUUCUUUGGUCGGACCCCACUUAUCAAGCUCUCCCCGAAGAAGACCUGGGAAGGCUUCAUUGGGGGCUUCUUUGCAACUGUGGUGUUUGGCCUUCUGCUGUCCUAUGUGAUGUCUGGGUACAGAUGCUUUGUCUGCCCUGUGGAGUACAACAAUGACACCAACAGCUUCACUGUGGACUGUGAGCCCUCGGACCUGUUCCGCCUGCAGGAGUACAACAUUCCUGGGGUGAUCCAGUCGGUCAUUGGCUGGAAAACAGUCCGGAUGUACCCCUUCCAGAUCCACAGCAUUGCCCUCUCCACUUUUGCUUCGCUCAUUGGCCCCUUUGGAGGGUUCUUCGCAAGUGGAUUCAAACGAGCUUUUAAAAUCAAAGACUUUGCCAACACCAUUCCUGGCCACGGGGGCAUUAUGGAUCGCUUCGACUGCCAAUAUCUGAUGGCCACCUUUGUCAAUGUGUACAUCGCCAGUUUUAUCAGGGGCCCGAACCCUAGCAAGCUGAUUCAGCAGUUCCUGACCCUGCGACCAGAUCAGCAGCUUCACAUCUUCAACACACUCAGGUCUCACCUGAUGGACAAGGGGAUGCUGACAGCUGCCAUGGAGGGCGAUUAGGGGCCGCCAAGGCCAGGAGAGCAGGAGCAAGACUGAGCAGGAUGGGGCUCCGAGGCAAGCCCAGCCGUGUGACUUAGACAAUGAUGAGGCUUCAACUCACUGUCUUUUUUUUUUUUUGUAGCGUUUUUUUAUUUGUGGCUUUUUAAAAAAAAAACUCUGUAUAUGCAGUCUAUGUGCUUGUGAUUUGGGUUGUGAGUGAAUUACAGCUUUGAGUUGGAAAGAAGUCAUGGGGGUAAAACUGUUUGGAGUUUUUUAAACAAAAGGUUUUAACAAAUUGGAAGACGGUGUUCCCCAGCUUGGGAGUGUCUGCUUGGCACUUCCGGCUCCCAAGCUAAGAGCUUCUGUUUGUGGGCCCAAUCAGAGUUUGAUGUUCAUCUGUGUCCAACCUGUUCAGGGGCCACCAGCAGGAUGGGGUGCUUGGAUGUCUUCGCUGCUGGAGAGCUGUCACCUGGGCUUCUCUGUAAUCUCUGCCGUGGGGCUGCAGGCUGGCUGCCUUCCGGAGGCUGGAGGGACUGAGGCUUGUUAACCAGACAGGCAUUCUGCCCACGGAAUCCAGGGAGCCUGAGCUCUGCUGUGUGAUACGGGUUCACUUUAUCACAGACUGAAAGAAGCCUUCAGUUAUUUUUUUUCAGAGGGCACGAAAAAUUAUAACAGCCUGGAAAACCGAUGUACUAUUUCAAGCGUGUGUAGUAGAAUGUACUGUGACUGAGCCCUUUCCCGUGGUUUCAGGUUCAAGUGGCUCCUUAGGGCAGUGCAGCUAACUGUGGCUUUUCAGGGAUGAUGCUGUUUGUGCUCUAGGCAUGUUGCUGCUGAAUUCUUCCUGGGGGCUUUCCCGUUAGGCAGGGAGCGGGGCUUCUCAUUCAUGCACCCUUUGCCUGAGCAACCACCCACGGAGCUGCUGUGUUGUGUAUAUAUUACCUUAGGGCAGGUGUGUGUCUGUGUGUGUAUUUCUGUGAUUUCAGUUGUGCCAUGACUUCCUCAUUGAAACCACAGAGUCUUGCUUACCACUCUGGAAAACCUAACCGCAUUCGAGGUUUGACUAUCCUGAAGAUUAAAUGCACACUUUAUAUAAUGUGACCAGUUUAAAUGUAGUUUUUGUUUUAUUGGAAGACUCUUUUUCUUCUAAACUGUGAUUUUUCCACCCCCUUCCUGAUUAUAGGAGUGAGGUUGACUUUGGGAAGACUAGUUCUUUGUCAAUAUAACAAGCAAGGGAGUACAGAAGAGAGAACUUGGUGCCUAAAUGAGUUGAAUUUUUCAUGCCACAGUGGUUCUCAUUGCCAACGAGGGUGUAAUGGCCCACUUUAGCACCUUGGUCUGCUGUUGGCUUGUUUCAUUUCUGUUUAAGUCAGCCUUCUGCCCCCCUCCGGAAAGCUCACAGUCAGCCCAGGUCACUGAAGUGUCCAGCUCAGGGCCAGCCCCUCUCGACACCCCAGCUCACUGCAGAACCUUCCGCAUGCAUGCAGCCCUGGAGCAGCUUCUUUCUUCUGAGCUUGUACUUCUUCUGUCUUAGCAUAUGGCUUUUCCCUUUCAGGUCCAAGGCCCUCUUAACAGGAAAAUGUGUUUUUACAUGGGGUUUCAGUCCUGACUGUGUGACUCUGGGCAGGACACAUCACUCUGUGGGUUCCUGUUUUCUGAGCUGUCUUCUAAUUCCAGUAUCUAUGAUUCUGAGUGAGCAAGUUCAUGUCACCAGACGCUUCUGGUGGGUCAUGUCCGGGGCACCAAAAAACAAGUGCUUUCGGGCCUUUUCUAAAUACAUGUCCUAGAGAUGAGUCAGGAGCUCAGUGACAGAUCUUAAACACUGAGGUAAUUAGUAACAAAUCUAGUUUUCUCAUUGACGAAUGAACUUGGUUCCCAAACCAGGGACAGAAGGCUGCCUCAUUUGUCUCUGUUGCCCCGUUGUGGGCAUAUGGUGGGGCCCUUGGUUGCUGGGGCCCAGCAGCUGAGAGCCGCUCUUGAAUAGGGUUGCCUUUGGGAUCAGCAGUACCUGGUGCAUUCCUUUGUGGAAACUGUCACUGGUGGGGGUCCUGGGCAACUGAAGCUGGAGGCUCACCAGGGCUGCCAGCAAGGUCAGAGGGUCAGCUGGGUUAUUUUCUUCUGCUUUCCGCACACACUCUCUGGUGAAGUAAGAGGAAUUUCCUAGUUCAGUAGCCAGGAGAGCAAUACUACAUUGUGUUUGUAGUGCCACACUCUUCUUUCUUCCAUUUCUUGAAAAUAUUUUGCCAUACAGUCAAGAUGCAAGAGACUCACCAUCAAACUGUGCAGAUCUUGAAGUCAUGGCUUGCUUCUGAUCCUUUUUUUUUAAAUUUAAGUAAGAAAUAAAAUGUGACUGAAACGAUGUGCUCUCCCUUGUCAUGAAUUCAGUUUUUCACUUCUACGCAUGGUUUUGUGUUUCCCACUUGUUUUUGUAUUCACAAAUACUGUGUGGCCCUGCUGUUGCAGAACUUCAUUUUGUUUUGCAGUCUGAACCCUAUACAUCCUCAUAACAUCCUUGUGAGGCGUGUCGAGCAUGAGUCACGGGUGCCUUCUAGGUGAAGAAGCUGAAGGGCCGGAGGAGACAGUCCUCCCCCAGGGUCAAGUAGAGUCCCAACUGAUCAACCCCAUCCCACUUGCUUUUGCAAAAGUGGCAUAAGAGCACCUGAAAUUUUGUGUGGCAUCCCUCUCUCCCAGGCGUAGGAGGCCUGACCUAAGUACCAGAUGGGAGCUUAGUUGCUGUUAGCCCAUAGCUAGUGGCGUGAGGAGCUGAUGAACAAGGGUGUGGCAGAAACCAGGGAGCCUCUGUGGAGGGCUGGGCUGGAGUGUCCUCCCUGCUGAGUGCUUGUGGCUGUUCAUGGGACCCCCAGACUUUUCCCUGUAUUUGUACGUGCCCCUUAACUGCCCUCAGCAUUGAAAAGUACACAUUUGUCUUUUAUUCCUGAAAGUGAAACCCUCUGAGGCAGCCUGGGCCUUGUUUGUUUUUAUUAAUUACAUUUUACUUGUUCCAUAUUCUGAGCAUUUUGGCAGCCAUAGUGUAACUGUAUUUAAGAUGUAUUUAUCCUCAGUGUUGUACAAUCCUGUAUGUUUGAAACCACUGUUUCUUUCGCUUGCAGAAGGGGCGAAAUGUAACUUUUAACCUACACAGGUGGACUUUGAGGCCAUUUGUAUGGUAUGUAUUUUUUCCCACUGGGGUUUUUGUCAUGUUACUUGUACAAGAAGAUUCCCAAAAUAUGUUUUAAGGGAGACUGAACAGACUUCAUGAUGUGAGUUGAAGUUAGUAGCUGAGUUGGCUGGAGAAUGAUUCAAAUGGAUUCUUGAGUUCAGACCCUCAGAUUCCCACUGAGCCUCCCAGGAAGCUCAGGAGCAUUCCCCAAGUUGGUGGGUGGCCAGGGGGAGGAUGUGACUCAGGGUGAAGAACAUCACUGCCCCGAAAACUACAGCAGUGACUUUGUUCUUAAGAAGCCUGUCUGAGGUCGAUUUCUCAGGGAGCAGGCUUUCAUUGCUCUGCCCAAUGUGAUGGUCCUGGCUGAAACCUCUUCCUCUGUCACUAAUGUCUUAGGCACCAAGGCUGUCUUUUUGGAGGGACUUGCCUUUUUAUUGCACCCACCUUGAUUGUGCAUUGUGAUUAUGUGCUGAGAAAAGGUGGAUGGGGUCAGUUUCAUUUGGACCUGGGGUUCCCGUCCUCCCAGAGUCAGGGUGGGGAGGAAGGCUAAGGAGGAUGUCCGGGUGACCGCUGUAAACACAUCAAAGAUGGUAAACCACUGGUGGACUCGCUGCUUUUCUGCAGCAGGGGAUGCGAACAAGUAGCUGGAACAAAACAUCAGCUCCCUGAAGAGGAGGGUGGAUCCUUGGGUGGAUUCUCAUUAUUCUGCCCUUGUCAUCCUGGUCAAAAUAAACUUCCUUUUCCCCUGAUCACUCUCCACACAUUGGCCUGGCUUCCGCUUUUUAAAGAAACUUGCUUUUCCUUGUUGGGUGGGCCCCUGUGUCCUGAUCUGCAUGGGCUGCUGCUGUGUAGACCAAGUGGUGUGAAAGUGCCUCCUCUUGAUCCUGGACUCUGCUCACCCACAUCCUGGGUAGAAGGUGGGCUUCUUGCAACCCAGCUUCUGCCUGCCUGAAUCCUUUGAAAGUGGCCCCUCUUUCUGUUCCUUCCAGCACUGCUCUGUGCCCUCCCCUGCAGGCUGACCACCUCACUCACUGGGCACUCAGGUGAGUAGAGGGUGUUCCUUCCUGGGGCUGCCUCCUGAGUAAGGAUUCACCUGUUGCACAUUUUCAAAGAGAGAUCGCAGUGUACAGGCAGUUUGGGAGGUGUGCUUUGGAUGCUGAAGUGUUGGGGAUUUUAGAACAUGGACGGUUCAUGAUGACAGAGGGGCAGAAGAGCUGACAUCUAGGGUUUUAGGGCCGUUGGGUUUCAAAUCCAUUGGCUGUUUGAAAACCCUGUCCCCACUCCUCCCAUCCUCCACCAGAUGCCUAUCUCUGAGGCUCCUGUUCUUAUUCUUGAGGUAGUAAUAUACCAGCAGCAUGUUUAUUCAUAAUAAUUGCAAUAAUAGUAGUAGUGCUUAAUAUGUGCCAGGUACAGUGCUAAAGGUUUACAUACAUUAUCCCUUUUAAUCCAGAAAACCUUUUGAUUAGCUAUUGUCCCCAUUUUAUAGAUGGGGAAACAAAGGCACCUGACAGGCUGAGCUUAUUGGUUAGGAAGAUAAACUUCAGACUCAGUCUUUGGUUUGGAUAGGUUGCUAGGUAUAGCUCUGACCCAGCUGAGUCAGCUGAGAGCACCUCCCUUUUGGGGUUGUUGUGAGGAUUUCAUGAGAUAAUGCACGUAAGUAUUUAGCAUAGUGCCUGGCACAUAGUAAGCACUCAAUAAAUAGUAAUUUCUGUAGAACACAGCUGGUAAUUUGAACCCAUGUUUAUGUCAUCCCAGAGGCUGGUUUCUCAUCUUCUACACUGCACCUGCCCUGCAGGCAGCCUGGGUGUUCCGGGUCUGGGAAGUGACCACAUGGCCCUUGUGAAUCAUUCCACCCACCCGUAGGACCUGGGUACUUUGUACUUAGAAGGCCAGCCCUUCAGAAGGGAGAGACAUGAGGAAGGAUGUUCAGAAAUUCUCCCUUCUGAGUUAGAAUGGUUUGUUGAGGUCUUGCCCACGGCCUGCUGCCCUGGCCUGGGCUUUGCAUGGAGAAGGAGGCCCUUUCCCUGGGCAGAGGGCCUGUUUGUGACUCUCUGGGCCCUCUGGCUAGGGUCUGGGCUCUGGUCACAGCUCAGACACCUGCAGCAGUUUCCUGUACGGGUGCGUGUCCUGGGCCAAGGAGAGCAGGGAAGAAAGCUGUGUAGCAGAUUAUAACGUGGACGGAAGGCCUGAGAGCUCUGCUGGAAAGCUCUGUGGCCACAUGAGUUGGGCGUUGGGUGCUUACAAGUUCAUAGGCUCGAGGCGGUGACCACUUGAGGACGGGUGAUGUGGGUGCUCCUAUUGAAUUCUGGGUUAGCAAAGGAUCAAAUGGGUGGUUCGUGAACAGAGGAAAACCGGCCCUGGGCAGAGUGGAAAACAUUUUAUUAACUUAGCUUUCUGAAUGGAGUUGGGGAGGGAGUGUGAGGUGGAGGUUCUUCAUUUUGAAGAAAUGGUGCUGACAAGGAGGAUCUGUGAAAUUCUCAAGCCAAAAGAAUAAUAAUGACUUAGAACUAUGGGCUUGAUGGGGCUGCUGUUUCCUGGGUGUUAGUGGGCAAUGAAGAUCAGAUCCAAAGGCCCCUGGUGUUUAAAUAAUGGUCUCUUCACUACUUAAUUAAUCAGGUAGUGAUUUUGACAGGAUCAGAGAAUAUGGCCAUGGGAGUGUUCAGUGAGCUGCUCUGACAGGCUGACCCUGGACUUGCCUUCUUGACCUCUGGACCCUUCUGCCAGACUUGGCACUCCCUCCCUCACUGUUGCAUCUAACAGAUCGAGGCAGCUUUUUGCUUUGGAGAAAAGGCUCUUCUAGACCGGGGUGAUGGCUGUCUGGGCAUUGGAUCGGAAAUGCCUUGCAGGGUCUCCCGGUGCGGGGCAGGGCCUCGCUCUUGGCCGUCUUCUGGGGUUCUUGUUGGGUAUGUAGUGAUCAGAGGGCUUAGUGGGUCUGGGCACCUGAUGAUCUGUUCCCAGUGAGACUGUGUUUGCUGAUAAUCAUCCCCAUCGAGGUCUCCGUCCUCAGCCACUGGAACACCUGUUUCUCACCUUCCUUAGUUUAGGUUCGUGUACUGAGUUUGCAGGCUUUGUGUGGAGAACAACAGAGUAGAAAGGGAGUGAGGAGUAUUCUCUAGCAGGUGAAACAUGCAUACCUGUUCUUUUAAGGUAUCCUUUGUGUGCUGUUUCAUUUAAAGCCUCCAUCCACAAAAUGCCAUGUUGCUGCCUUCCAUCAUGCUGCCUGGGUGUCUCGGGACUGGUUACUAAGGGAAAAGGCUGAGCAGACAUCAGGGCCAAUAAAACCAAAGGACUUGGAGCCCAGAGCCCAAGUAAGGGAGAGGAUACAGUGAUAUAUUAUCUAGCCAGAGGACUGUGGAGAAGCCAUGGGGGCAGAGAAGAGGCCAGGGUCCUGGGCACAGAUCAGGCCAGCCCUGUGUCUCUUAUCUGUGUGGGGACCAGAAAUGGGCUCAGAAGUCCACCCGGGGACAUUGGAAGCCCACUAAUUUUGGAUUAUCUUCUGGAGGUGAUGCAGAUACAAAGUUUUAAUUUUCAUUGAUGUUUAAUAUUUCUAAAACAGGAGGGGAAGACCAACAUAUAGAAAUGAGAGGCCCCUCGGUUGAAGAAUUUUGGGAACUGCGGGUAUUGGUUGGGCCGGGCAUAGCCAUGGACCUCCUCAGUUCUGUCCACUCUGAGGAUCUGUUCAACAAGGAAGCUCUGCCCAACACAGAAAUGGUCUCUCUGCCCCACUGGGGAGUGCCAGGCAGUCACACAUAGCCCAUCACUGCCCGGGUCUUGUGUGCUCAGCCCCUUUUGCCUGGCCCUGCCUCUAUGCCCGGGCAGUUUCUCUGCUCCUCCCUUGUGGAUGGACAUGGUGGGAUUCUUUCUGACACUGGAGCAGCUUGGUGUUGAUAAUUCGGUUUUUAUGCUCAGACACGGCAACUUUGGAGCAGCUCUUGGGCAUGUGUGGAGCCCAUGUGAGAGUCCCUUGGGCCUACCCAAGGUGUGUGCCCAUUACCUGGCCUGAUGCUCCUCUAAGUCCAUGUGUGUUUGCCGCAGCUGACCAUUCUCUGUGCACUGUUUGGUUGGUGUUGAAUAAUACUCACAGAUUCUUUUUCAAUGCAGUGUCAGAACAUGAUAUACUGUAUAUCGGAAAGUAUUUACCUUAUUUAUCUACCUGAAUGUUCCUACUACACAAAUAAACACCUAUUACCUUCUA